CAGUCGUCAGUCAGUGUAAUUUCUUGUUUUAUAAAAGCUAGUACUUUUUGAAUUUCAAAAAAUAACUCGCUAUUUAAAUGUAUUCUCAAUAUUCUUAAAAAAACUUAAAUGUUUAAAUAUUUUGUAGGAAAAUAUAAGUUACUUCGUUAAUUAUACAAUGUUUAGUGAUACUAAAAGUUGUAUUUUAAUUAAAUAGGACUAAAACUUGGGAAGCUUACUGUAAAAAGAAAAAGUUAAGAAGUAUAUAUUAAAGAAGGUGAUGUGAUGGCGUCUCCGUCCAAGCAUAGAAUGAAGAGGCAAUCAUGGUAUAUUCGGCUUAUGCACAAGAGAUUGCCUAUCACGAAAUGGCUGCCCGAAUAUAAUUCCCAGAAAGCCCUGGCCGACAUUAUUGCCGGUAUUACAGUGGGACUAACAGUAAUUCCACAGGCUCUAGCUUAUGCGACGCUGGCUGGAUUACCACCUCAGUAUGGCCUCUAUUCAUCGUUUGUGGGUUGCUUCAUGUAUAUUGUGUUCGGUUCCUGCAAAGAUAUAACCCUGGGACCAACUGCAUUACUUGCGCUAAUGACGUAUGAACAGAUACAAGGUCGCAACUUCGAUUAUGCCGUCCUACUGUGCUUCCUUACUGGCAUUGUACAACUCAUCAUGGGAUUAUUACAUCUAGGUGUUUUAAUAGAUUUCAUCUCUGUGCCCGUAACGGUUGGUUUCACAUCGGCGACUUCAGUAAUAAUAGCCGUGUCACAACUCAAGGGCUUGUUAGGUCUACAGUUCAAGUCCAGAGGAUUCAUAGAUACGGUUAAGAAGGUGAUUGUGAACAUUCCAAACGCAAAACUAGCCGACAGCCUUCUGGGGCUGACUUGUAUAGUCAUACUGCUUUUAAUGAGAAAAAUCAAGGAUCUAGACUUGCCUCCUCAUAGAAGAGGCCUCAAAAGAGCUGUAUGGCUGUUCUCUACGUCGAGGAAUGCGAUAGUCGUCCUAGUCUGCUCGAUAAUGGCAUUUAUAUGGGAAAAGAAUUCAGAAUCACCAUUCAAACUCACCGGCAAUGUUAAAGAAGGUCUACCGCCACUCAGUCUACCCCCAUUUGGCACAGUGGUGGAUGGGAAGAAUGUGACCUUGCUGGAGAUGUGUGCGGAUCUGGGCUCAUCCAUUGUUCUCGUUCCCAUCAUUGGAGUGCUGGGGAAUGUCGCUAUCGCUAAAGCUUUUGCAAGCGGUGAAUCGGUCGACGCGACGCAGGAGUUGAUAACGCUCUCGUUCGCGAACAUUCUCGGAUCGUUCCUUAGUGCGAUGCCGAUCACCGGAUCAUUCUCCCGUAGCGCUGUCAACCACGCCAGCGGAGUCGCUACACAAUUUGGAAGUCUUUACACAGGUAUAUUGGUGCUACUAGCUCUAAGUCUUCUUACUCCAUACUUCUAUUUCAUUCCGAAGGCGUCGCUAGCUGCCGUCAUCAUUUGCGCGGUGAUAUUUAUGAUUGAGUAUGAGGUAGUUAAGCCAAUGUGGCGUUCGCGCCGUGCGGACUUGGUGCCCGCGUUUGCGACGUUCGCACUUUGCCUUGUAGUGGGUGUGGAAUUGGGGAUCGUAGCUGGGGUUCUACUCAAUGUGAUACUGCUCCUCUACCCCAGUGCCAGGCCGCAGUUGGAAGCCGAAAUCGUUACGAAUCACUACGGCCUGAAUUACCUGCUAAUAACGGUCGGUAAUAGCCUCUACUUCCCGGGCGUGGAGUACAUUCGUCAGUAUGUAACGAGAGCUGCGAGCAAACAGUCCGGGAACGUGCCCGUUGUUAUCGACUGCAGAUACGUAUUGGGGGCUGACUUCACAGCUGCCAAAGGGCUGUGUGCAUUAUCAAACUCGCUAUCUGCCCGUGGGCAGCCAUUGCUGCUACUUUCGCCUCGAGCCAGUGUCGCCUCAGUGUUUAGUGGGGCGGGGUCUAGCGUGCUUGUAGUACUCAACGCUAACGAACUGGAUGUUACACUACAAGAAAUAACAGGGCAAAUUGCACUCUCCGUAAACCCAGAUGAGCCAAAACGUCCAUACACGUCAUUAAAGCAAGAUGAGUCACUAGAAGUCAUCGUAGCUGAGGAAAACGCAUCGCCAUUACUGACCACAGUGCAUAGAAAGAAAAUCAGUGAGGUAGACGAUACAUAACCACAGUGUAGUUCAGUAGAGUUUUGUAGAGGAUUUUUUUUAGAUUUAUAAGGAGUUGCGUAGACAAAUCAGUGAGCCACAGUAUAAAAAUAAGUUACCACAGAUAAUUGUACAAGAAUACUGGUACUAAGCGAUACUGUGCGCACAAUAAAAACCCUUUCAGAGGUCAGACAAUUGGUAUACGAUGAUAAAACCUAUCAUUCACCAGUGCUUUUAUAUUUUUUUUCAUAUGGCGUUUAAAAAAAUUAUAUCUCUAUAUAUAUAUCUCGGAUGUAUAUGAAUACAUGAUACCAUAUCUGUAUGUCAUGAAUGUUGAGUUUUUGUAUAACUUACAAUAAUGAACCUUCGGCUAUUCCGGCCUUUUGCCCAUACACUUGUAGCUGUUGGUAAUUUCUCUUAUAUAUUUUUUAAACAAUGAUGUGGAGGGAUUGCUGUCCGAUAUUUGUCUAACUUCAAAAUAAUUUGCAACAUAUAGAUCUGUCUUAUAAGAUUUCUUAACAUAUGAUUUUUUGUAUCAUUUCUAGAAUUGAUUAUAGUAAGUUAAAACUAGUUCCUAGCACCUACAGUACCUAUAUUUUUAAGUCUAAUUAUUAAACGUGGUAUUUGUUACUAUAGUUACGAAUUUUAUGUGAAAAUUGGUAACCAUGGUAACACAAAUCUUCAAACCGCGUUUAUAUAAAGCUGUAAUGGUCUUCAUAAACUUAUUAGAAUUGACUACUUUGAAAGAAUAUUUUGUCCUUUUUUAUUACCGGAUUGGUGAUAAGGAAAAUUUUUUUGUUAAAUAUUUUAGUAAGUUUUUGAGUACGACAGGUUCAUAUCCUACUCCGUAUCGAGUCACUUUCUCGUCUUGAGCGCUAUCAAAUAUGUGUAACUUUCUAUAAAAAAUGGUUUUACAGCCACUAGAUUUCAAUUUGAUUGACGUUCUAGAAUACGGCCCCAAGUUCACGGGCAUUUUAUAAUUUAAUAUAGAAAUGUUUAGGCACCCUUAUUUAAAAAUCUUAUAAAGAUUACCGCAUUUUCUUAAAUUUAAACUAUACAAACAAUACUGUCUACGUUAAUAAGCUUUUCCAAUAGUUAAUUGAGGGGCGUAUAAAUCACAAUUUUAUAAUUUAAUGU